GUAUUAUUGGAACACAUCGAUAGUCCAUCUUAGUUUCUAGGUUAACUACUUGCUUUUUCACGACAGGGGUAUUGGAAAGAUGGUCUACACCCGCUGGAAGUGCGACCGCAUCCCGGUGCUGCAGAUGAAGCUGUUCACGCAGGAGUACAACAUGAUGGCCGCAGUGGGUCUGCUGAGCAUGAUAUUCUUGUGGAAGCACGCCAGCUUCUGCUCCGAGGAGACGGAGCGCAAGAACGGCUGGUGGGCCGGCUACCCUUACUGGCGCGAUCCUAUUGCGCGCCGUAACGAAAUCAAGUACAAGCAGAUGAUCAAUAACAACGAUGUCGACAUCACAGACCCGAAGUGGACGGGCUGCUCAAAGGAGCAGUUGGAACGUCUGCGCGCGAUUGUUUAA